AUGACGCUUGGUCGCCUUUAUGCUCUUGGGCGGGGUGUGUUGUUGCCGAUGGGUGGCUUUGUCACUGGAUGGGUAGCGUAUCGCGCCGUGGAAGAAAAGGGUCUCAUUGACGAAAGCUACCUUCGACAGAUCCGUGUGGGAAAUCUCAAGUUGCAGCUCUAUCUUCAGCAGCAUGUGUUUCCUGUUGCAUUCACCGAUAAGUAUGGCUACUCAGAGGACUCUCUCAAGAUGAUGAUUGAGCGUCUCGGUAGGGAGGGUGGCGGUAACGAGGAGGCGGAGCGCUGGACAUUUGAACAGAUUCUACGGGAGUGCGAUUUACCUGGACAAAUAGCCUGGCUGGAGGAGCAUGUUUCGUAUGACAUUCCCUAUUUUUACAUUGCUGAUAUUUUUAAUAGUUGGUGCAUUUUGCAUCGUUCCUUGUUUACUGCGGAAACUGGUGACAAGAGGCAGGGUGCUAAUUUGUCCCAGUGGGGCGACAACAACGAUGCCUUUGCUUCGGAGGUAUUAUGCAGGGGAGUGGUCGAGAAAGCAUUAAAUAGGGUGCUCCCGUACGAUGUUGCGGUGCGGGCACUUUGUGUGCUUGCAGUGGGACAUACCUCAAAUGCAAAGCUGCUGUCACAAAUCAUCUCACCCUCAGUCAUUCUGGAGAGGUACGAGGCAUAUUUGAAUGACCUCGAGCGGCGAAAUAUGAUAUCUGGCGAUUCAAUUUCAUCUGCGGAAGUCGCUGCAGCGACGCUGGAGUUGUUGCGUGUGUUGAAUGUUGCUUCAGUACAUCGACGAUGGAUUCCAUUUUGGGGUCAUGCCUCAACAGGGCCCUAUCCUAUUGCUUCACAGCUUAAUAAGGAGAUGUGGUGCACAUGUUUGGGGACUUUGCCGGCGGGUACCACAAAGCUUUGCGCGGAUGCUACUCUUAUUUUUGCUGACAUUCUCUCUGAGAUGUUUAACUGCCAGGGUGGAACUCGGCAAUUGGACAUGGAUUGUGGAGGUAAGACCUCAUAG